AUGGCGGAGCUACAACAGGAAGAAAAGACCGAAGACAUCAAUCGAGUCGGCUCGAAUACACCUGGAGAGAUGGAUAAUGUCAAUGACCUUCGGCGAGACUUCAAGCCCCGUCAUGUCUUCAUGUUCUCCAUAGCUUGCGCCAUCGGAACAGGUCUAGUCAUCGGCACUGGCAGUGCAUUAUCGAGAGGAGGGCCUGGCAGCCUCUUGAUCGCCUAUAUUUUGAUUGGAUGUACCGUCUUCUUCGUCAUGACAGCCAUUGGUGAGAUGGCAACGUUUCUGCCAAUGAACAAAGGUUUUGGAGGAUAUGCAACUCGUAUGGUUGACCCUGCAUUUGGCUUCGCGACUGGUUGGAACUACGUUCUCAAGUAUAUCGUGGCUACACCGACGAACCUCACAGCUGCUGGUCUUGUCCUGCAGUUCUGGAGACCAGAUCUCAAUGUAGCCAUCUGGAUUACGGUUUUCGGAAUUGCCAUUGUGACGAUAAAUGUACUGCACGUUAAUAGCUUUGGUGAAACAGAAUUCUGGCUGGGCUGCGCCAAGAUUCUUAUCAUGUGUGUUCUGAUCCUUAGUACCUUCGUCGUCGCGAUGGGAGGUGGACCAAAUCACGAUCGAUCCGGUUUCCGAUACUGGCGAGACCCUGGAGCGUUUGCAGAAUAUCUACUUGAAGGUUCUCUGGGAAGAUUCCUUGGAUUCUGGGCUUGUUGCUGUCAGGCCUGUUUCGGAUUUACUGGCACUGAGGUCGUUGGAAUGACUUUUGGUGAAACCCCGAAUCCACGCAAGAACGUACCGCGAGCUGUCAAGCAAACAUUUUGGAGAAUUGCUUGCUUCUAUAUCAUCGGUGUCUUGGUGCUCGGAAUGGCGGUUCCUUAUGACAAUGAACAACUUAUCGGAGCCACAAAACAGGCUACCAGCGGCGUGCUGCAAGCUCAGGUACCCAUCCUUGAUACUCAUGGUGUAAAUCCAUCGCUAAUGGUAGCAGAUAUCUAUUGCGCUUCAAGAUCCCUCUAUGGUCUUGCUAAAGACGGCCAGGCACCCCGCUUGUUUGCCAAGGUUCGUGACAAUGGCAAUCCUAUCUAUGCAGUUGGCUUUGCUUCCGUGUUUAUUGCCAUGGGGUAUCUAAACGCCAGCAAGUCGUCAUCCGCUGUGUUUGGCUAUUUCGUUAGUCUUGUGACAGUCUUUGCUGUACUCAAUUGGGUCGCUGUUCUUAUUACCCACAUCCGAUUCCGCCAUGCCUUGAAGGCUCAAGGAAUUGCAGUCACAGAAUUGCCAUAUGUUGGAUUUCUCCAGCCGUUCGGUUCAUACUUCUCCCUGACUGUGUCAUUGUCGGUCAUCAUUUUCAAUGGUUAUGAUGCUUUCAUUCCACACUUUAAGCCAGAGACGUUUGUACUGAAGUACCUUGGCACACUCAUCUUUGUUAUCAACGUUUGCUGGUGGAAGAUCAGAAACAAGACAACCUUUUGGCGGUUAACAGAUAUCGAUCUUGUCACUGGUAGACGAGAGUGA